AAAUCAACCAGAAGCAGAACGUCGAGAAGUGUCAAAAAUACAAGUUGUGUCGUGUCGUCGUCCUCGUCGUCGCCGCUGUGCUAAAGAAGUCUCACAAAUUAUUCAAAAAUUGAAACAAAAACCUUAGUUCGUUCGCAUCAGGAGAAAAAUAAAACAAAUUUUCCAUAAUUCGCUUUGUUCGCAAAACGAUAAAUUACGUGAAAACAUUAAUUCCAAACUUCCGUGAAUUAAAUUCAAAUGAAUUGAAAAUGUUUGUGAAUUUAUUUUAUCCUCAAAUAAAAUAAUCAAAAAAAAGUUAAGGCAAUCAAAAAGAAAUAGCUAAAGAAGAAAAUCAUAUUUUUCGCCAGCGCCCAAUUUCUUUUCUUUUUUUAUUUCCUCCUCUCUUCCCACUUCCAUUCCAUAUUUUAUUUCUUGUCGUGCUGUGUAUAUUUUCCAUUUCCAGAGUGUGUGUAAUGUGUUUCUUCAAUUCCAUUUAGUUUUCUUUCUUUCAAUUUCGCCAUCCGUAUACAGUGCUCUCGCUCGCACUAAUCUGAUUCUGACGUCUGCCGUAUUCGUCGUUCGCUCGCACUCGCAUCUACUCGACGACGAUGGUUCAUUCUUCUUGUGUAUAUAAUUUUCUUUCAUUUUAACAACACGUCAACGAAAAUGUGAAAUAAUAACAAAUAAAUCGAAUGAAAUGUAAGAAAAUCAUCAAAUUCCGGUGAAUAAUCAAACAAAUUAGCCCAAGUGCAUAAAUUAAUCGGGAAAAGAGGUUUUUGUUGAGGAAAAAGAAGUGAAAACCAAACAACGAUUCUUGGUUUUUUGACGACCUUCACUGUGAAGAGUGAAGUGUAGGAAGGGGAAGCGUUUUAUCCCAAUUUCAAUUCCAGUGUGGUGGCAUAAAUUUCUUCCUAUAUUUCAAUUUGAAUUCAAUUCGAUUCAAUUUCUCGCUCGAGUGUAUCCUUUUUUUUUUAUUGUUUUGGGGGCGUGCAGCAGAACUUGAAUUUGAAUCUGAAUCCGUAGCAGUGGCAGAAGCAGACCAGCAGCAAAUCCAUCAAAUUUUAAUUAAUUAAAAUUAAGAACAACAACCAUAAUGGCUUCGUCACACCACAACGCCAAUCUGCUUAGUUCGGAUAUUUCGCGACGUAAUCCGCAGGACGAAUAUGAAUUAAUACAGAAAAUCGGAUCAGGAACAUACGGCGAUGUUUACAAGGCAAAACGUCUGCAAAGCAACGAAUUAGCUGCUAUAAAAGUCAUUAAACUAGAACCCACCGACGACAUACAAAUAAUCCAGCAAGAGAUAAUAAUGAUGCGCGAUUGCCGUCAUCCGAACAUCAUAGCUUACUAUGGCUCUUACCUGAGACGCGACAAACUCUGGAUAUGCAUGGAGUAUUGCGGUGGUGGAAGCCUUCAGGACAUUUACCAAGUGACUGGGCCACUAACUGAACAACAGAUUGCCUACAUGUGCCGUGAAACACUAAAAGGACUCGAGUACCUGCAUCAAAUGGGUAAAAUGCAUCGUGAUAUAAAAGGAGCCAACAUCCUGCUAACAGAAUAUGGUGACGUGAAAUUGGCCGAUUUCGGUGUGUCAGCACAAAUUACAGCAACGAUAAAUAAAAGAAAGAGCUUUAUAGGAACACCUUAUUGGAUGGCACCCGAGGUAGCAGCUGUUGAACGGAAGGGUGGCUACAAUCAAUUAUGUGAUAUAUGGGCGUGUGGAAUUACAGCUAUUGAACUUGCUGAACUACAACCUCCAAUGUUCGAUCUCCAUCCAAUGCGCGCAUUGUUCCUAAUGUCAAAAAGUGGCUUCAAGCCACCAGCACUGAAAGACAAAGAUAAAUGGAGUCCAACAUUUCAUAAUUUCAUCAAAACUGCGCUAACUAAAAAUCCAAAGAAGCGUCCAACUGCCGAACGUUUGUUGCAACAUCCAUUUGUCCAAAGUGAAAUGUCUGUUCGAGUUGCCAAGGAAUUACUGCAGAAGUAUCUUAGCCCGAAUCAAUUUUAUUUCUAUUUGGAUGGUGAUGAUGAGGCAGUUGCUGGUGUACCACAAAGAAUAGCUAGUAAAAUGACUGCAAGGCCGAAUGGUAUCUCACCUCAAAACCAUACAUUGCGAACAGCAAUGCAAACAUCCCAAUGGAACGAACGCUCUUCUAGUCCAGAAACUCUACCAAGCGAUAUCAAUAAAGUCCAGACUCAAGGGUCAAAAAUUAGUGGAACAAUGAUUUUCAAUAUGUCUUUAAGGAGCCUCUUACAAUAUAUUGAUGAGGAGCUCAAGCUCAGAGCAACCCUACCACUCACCGAUAAUACCAAAGAUAUACUCAAUCCUGAUUGCUUGUGUCCACAUUCGGCCAUCAAUGGAGUUAGUCCAAGCGAUGGAGGUAAUAGUGGAAGUGGUGGUGGUGGUGGUGGAGUUAGUGGAGGUGGCGGCGGCGGAGUUAGUGGUAAUGCCGGACCACUAUCUACGAGUAUGAUUAGUAAUUUGCGAACAACCGCUGUAGAUGCAGUGAUGCCAUCCUCCAACGCCAUCAUGAACAGUAGCACCAGCAGUAGUAGUAAUAUAAGUAGUUCAUCAAAUGGCCAAAUGUUGCUACGAGAGAAUAGCAGUGGAAGCAGCAGUGGACAUGGACUAGGACACGGACAUGGCCCGAAUUCAAGUGCUGCCCAGGCGAUCUAUGCAAAUUUGGAAAGUAUGUACGCAACUGUAUCGGCAUCUUCGUCGUCAUCGUCGUCAGCAGCAACUGCUGCAACGAGGACGACAGCAAAUAAUAUGUCCAACAGUAACAGCAAUAACUAUAUGAGUAGUAGUAGCGAUGCGAAUAGCAGCCAUAACUGUGAUUUUAGGAAUGAAAGUAAUCAGGUGAGUGCAACAAACGGAGUCGAAGAUUCACCACGAAGACAUAGUUCGAUGGACCAAUUGAUGGGUUUACUCAACGAUAUGGGUAAAUCAUCAAGGACGAGAAGCCUAAGUGAUAGUGGAACACAAGAAGAAGAAAAAGAAAGAGAAACCCAACCAGACCUACUCAACAAUACACCUCCUGUGCCUCCGAAAAGAUCCCAUCGAAGACGACACACCCCGCCACGACCAAUUUCGAAUGGUCUACCGCCCACACCAAAGGUCCAUAUGGGCGCAUGCUUUUCGAAAAUAUUCAACGGCUGUCCACUGCGUGUUCAUUGUACAGCAUCAUGGAUCCAUCCGGAGACACGUGAUCAGCAUUUGUUGAUUGGAGCCGAAGAGGGUAUAUUCAAUCUUAAUAUGAAUGAAUUACACGACGCUGCCAUUGAUCAAUUGUUCCCGAGACGAACAACUUGGCUGUAUGUGAUUAAGGAUGUUCUAAUGAGUUUGUCUGGAAAAUCCUGCCAACUUUAUCGACACGACUUAAUCGCCCUACACUCCAAACAAACUCACCGUUUCUCCCUGCACAUGAAUAAGAUUCCCGAAAGACUGGUACCACGUAAAUUUGCCCUCACAACGAAAGUUCCCGACACCAAAGGUUGCACCCAAUGCUGUGUCACCCGUAAUCCAUACAAUGGCUAUAAAUAUUUGUGUGGUGCAACGCCCUCAGGCAUCUUCCUAAUGCAAUGGUAUGAUCCAUUGAAUAAAUUCAUGUUGUUGAAGCAAUGCGAAUGGCCAUCAAAUUCGGGUGUAAUUGGGGGGCAUAUAGUUCAGAAUGGUGGACAGACUCCGGUAUUUGAGAUGAUCAUCACCCCUGAGCUAGAAUAUCCAAUUGUGUGCACAGGUGUACGCAAGGGCAUGAACGGCUGCUUAAGACUCGAACUCAUCAACAUGAACAGUGGUGCGGGUUGGUUCCAUUCAGAUGAUUUGGAAUUUGAUGGAACCGCAACAAUGGUACCACGACGAGAGUUCAUCAAAGUGGUUAAAGUGCAUCAGGUGGAGAAGGAUGCGAUUUUAGUUUGCUAUGGCAAUAUCAUACAAAUUGUAACGCUCCAAGGCAAUCCAAAGCAGCACAAGAAAAUGGUCUCACAAUUGACUUUAGAUUUUACUGUCGAGAGUAUAGUCUGCCUACCAGAUAGUAUUUUGGCAUUCCAUAAGCACGGCAUGCAGGGCAAGUCGCUAAGGAAUGGCGAAGUUACACAAGAAAUCAAAGAUAUGUGUCGAACAUACAGGCUAUUGGGAUGUGAUAAAGUCGUUGCCCUUGAAAGUCAACUAUAUAGAACUGGUUCACUCGGAAGUGACGAAGGACACGACCUCUAUAUAUUAGCAGGGCACGAAGCCAGUUACUAAAUUAAUAAUACAAAUUAAAGAAAACCCACAAUAAAACUUAAACCAAUAUAAUUUAAAUUGUGGAGAAAUCCUAGAUACAAAAAAAAAUAAAA